ACUGGCUGUAUGUUUACUGUUGGUGCACUGCACAUUCAGGAUACUUAAAAUACUAAAAAUACUUAUAAGAAAUUAAAAUAAAAUAAAAAAUGAUGGCCCUGCGCAUCCACAUCCGCGUUAUCCGCUCUGCCAUCAAGAGCGCAUCAUCUUUCACCAUGUCACAUGGGAAGCCUGUUCAUACAGUUUUGAACAAUUACCAAAGAGGAUAUCAUACUAAGGGGAGGCAUGGGCUUCAGUACAUUGGGCCACUUGUGCAAAGUGUAGAAGAGACAUCAGAGCCUCUUCCUACCACCAUCAAAGGUACAAUACCUACAUGGAUUUGUGGAAAUUUUCUUCGCAAUGGUCCUGGAAAGUUUGAAUUUGGAAAUCAACACUACAACCACUGGUUUGAUGGAAUGGCCAUGAUGCACUGCUUUCAAAUCUCUGAUGGUCAGGUGACCUACAGGAGUCGUUUUCUGCGCAGUGAUUCCUACAAGCGGAACAGUGAGAUGAAUCGAAUUGUGAUGUCUGAGUUUGGCACACUUGCUCUCCCUGACCCAUGCAAGAAUAUCUUCCAGCGUUUUUUAUCCUGUUUUGAGACGAUGAAGCCCACAGACAAUGCUAAUGUGAACUUUGUAAAAUACAAAGAGGACUACUAUGUCAGCACAGAGACAAACUUUAUGCACAAAAUUGAUCCAGACACUCUAGAAACUAAGGAGAAGGUGGACUGGAGCAAGUUUAUUGCUGUUAAUGGUGCGACUGCCCACCCCCAUGUUGACCCAGAUGGUACAGUGUUUAACAUGGGCAACUCUUAUGGCAGGAAAGGAGCGUUAUACAACAUUAUCAGGGUGCCUCCAAAGACUGAAGACUCUGAUGAAACGCUCCAUGGGGCAGAGGUGCUAUGUUCCAUUUUUCCGGCUGAAAAGAACAAACCUUCCUAUUACCACAGUUUUGCCAUGAGUGAAAACUAUGUGGUGUUUAUUGAACAGCCAAUAAAGAUGGACCUUCUUAAGAUAGUGACAUCUGGAAUAAGGGGGAAAGGCAUAAAUGACUGUAUCUACUGGGACCCGAAACAAGAGACUGUUUUCCAUGUUGUAAACAAGCAGACCGGAGAGGUGAGUCCAGUGAAGUACCACACCAAGGCUCUAUCCACAUUCCACCAAAUCAAUGCAUUUGAGGAGGAUGGCUUCCUCAUAGUGGAUAUGUGCUGCUUGGAUGAUGGCCAGGCCCUUAAAGUUUAUAAUCUUCAGAACCUACGCAAGUCAGGAGAAGCACUGGAUGAGGUGUACAACAGCUUAUCCAUGGCAUUUCCUCGCCGUUUUGUUCUGCCUUUGUGCAUUAAUAAUGAUACGCCACUGAACCAGAACCUGAACACACGGCACAACAGCUUUGCUUCUUCAGUCUGCUUCAGGAAAAAUGAGGUGUUCUGCAUGUCUGAAGAUCUGCAUGAUGAUGAACUGCUGGAGUAUGGUGGGAUGGACUUUCCUCACAUUCACUAUAACAAGUAUAACACCAAACCAUACCGCUAUUUCUACGGCUGCGGCUUUGGCCAUCUGGUGGGAGACUCGCUAAUCAAGAUGGACCUGAUGAAUAAAAAGCUCAAAGCAUGGCAUCAGCCAGGCCUCUAUCCAUCUGAACCUGUGUUUGUCCCAUCACCUAAUGCAGAGGAAGAGGAUGAUGGAGCCAUCCUCUCUGUUGUCCUUACACCCACGGAGGAUAAAAGUACAUUCCUGCUGGUUCUAAAUGCUAAGACAUUUGAGGAACUUGGAAGAGCUGAAGUGCCCGUUAACAUUCCAUGCGGCUUCCAUGGAAUUUUUAAUUCUUCAGUAUAGAACAAAUCUCAUCUGACACAGGAAGGCUCAACCUUGGCCAAGUCACUUCACUUAGUAAACAUAUUUCUUCUGCUAAUGGCUUGCAAUUGCUACUCAUUGUUAAAAUAUUUUUAAUAGUAUUAUUAUAUAUUAUAUAAGGAUAUAUAAAAUGUAACCUUGGAUUGCGAGUAACUUAGUCCGUGAGCGUUUUGCAAGACGGGUGAGAUUUUUUAAGACAUUUUAACCUAAUAAAUGAGAGAGGUCUUGACAUAUCAGUAGUACGCAUGCACUUUGUCUGCAGUGCGCCACGUAAUUACAAGUGAGCCAAGGAUUUUUCUCUCUCUAACGCUGUGGGAGUAUAAAUAAUCGUCUUUCAGUCUCGUAUAGUCAACAUCCAUGUUUACUACAACAGUGUAACCCUGUGUGCGUGCGCGCCCAUAAAGCACUGUUUUGUGUCCAAGUGUAGUGACCGUUCUUUACUAACUGGUCUGCAACAACGGCCCCUGUGAAGAAAAAGCUUAAAAAGGCUGUAGCAGUGCGGGAUAUUAAUCUGUUUAAAGACAAUGCAAUGUCACAUUUCCACGAAAUCCUCAAAAGGAGGCAAAGGCAAAUGUCAUUAGGAAGGUUCCUUGUUAAAUAAGUUUACUGACAGAGCAGUGAUUCUGUUAGUGUGUGUGUGUGUGUGUGUGUGUGUGUGUGUGUGAAAGUCAUCCUGCACAGUGGCUCCCCUCCUCUUCUUUUUAGAGGUAAAGUGCUGGUUAAUUUGUUUUAUUUUUACUUUAUAUUUUGUAUUAAUUAUUUUAUAUGAAUAUUUUUGGGCUGUGGAACAAAUCAUCUGAGCUUGUUUUAUUUCAUAUGGGGGAAAUUCUCUUUGAUAUACGAGUGUUUUAAUAUACAAGCACACUUCCAGGAAGAAUUAUGCUCGCAAUCCAAGGCUUAACAGUAUCCAUAUUAUAUUAUAUUAUAUUAUAUUAUAUUAUAUUAUAUUAUAUUAUAUUAUAUUAUAUUAUAUUAUAUUAUAUAAGGAUAUCCAUAACUCAGGCUCUGAAACUCUAGCAUAAGAAGCUGUAAGUCUUGUUGCUUUGAUGAUUUUUAUUAAUAAAAAAAGGUUUUAAGCACAAUAAAUGCCUUAUUAUCUUUAUAUAUUUAAUUAUUGGAUCAUCAAAUAAAUAAGAUGCUCUCAUAUCACUAACCAGAUAUUUAAUUUCAUUACACAUUAAGGAGUAUUUUGCCUCGUGCUCUAAAUCUCCUGGGAUAGGAGCCCUGUAUACAGGAUAGAGCGGUACAGACAAUGAGUGAGUGAGUGAGUGAGUGGUGGCCAGUGCCAUCUGCUGGCAAAUAUGUUUCUCUAACUUCUCAAAAGUAUAAACAUCAACUGUGCGAGAACAGGAAAUAUAUAGAGAUUGUUUUGGUUUAUUUAUUUUUUUUAUCAGUGUUGCAGUAAAUUUUGUAUUUAUUAAAUUUGGUAAUAAAUAAGUUAAUAAGUAAAAUUUCUAAAUGGACAUCCAACAAGUUAAUGUGAAGUUGUUUAGAUUAAGGAUAAUCUCUCAUCUCAUCUCAUCUCAUCUCAUCAUCUAUACCGCUUUAUCCUGUAUUCAGGGUCACAGGACCUGGAGCCUAUCCCAGGAGGCUUAGGGCCCGAGGCAGGGUACACCUAUAUAAUAUAGUUUUAUAUUUCUUAAUAAAAAGAAAGCAUUCUACACUUAAAAGUGUUACGUUUAUGUUGAUCAACAGGCUGUCUAGAAACUGUGUCAGUUCUAAAUUUAAAUCCUCCGCAACACCCACUUUGCUCCAAAAACACAAAAGGAAAUGGGUGACUUUUUCUCGCCCAGGUAAUUGAAAAAAAAUCUGAAUUUUGCCCACUAGGCGGCAGUACACCUUUACAACAGCUACAGUAGAUGUGGAUUACUCUAAUAAGAUUCAUCAAUACGAAAUUACUAAAAUACUACUCUGAACUCUUGCAGAUAAUUUAACAAAAUUAAUUAGCAUCUGUUUAGACCCUGUGAUUAAUUAGUGUCUUCUUUUUUUUCUUUGUAUAACUCUUUGUGGUUUUUUUGUUGUGCUUUAGGAAUGAGAGCUCUUAAAUUUCCCAUAAUCCCAGCACAUUAGAUAACACUGUGAGAGUCAGACUAAAACCCACAAGCUCUGAUUUAUAAGAUCCAAAAUAAUGAGCAUUAAUUUGCAUGCACAAUCAGAUAAAUUGCACAAGCAAAUACUGGGAGUGUUUAUCUUUUGAGCCUUUUCUUUGCCGUUAGUACUGUAAGAGCAGAGAGUAGUUCAUUGGCUGCAAUCAUGACGCUUGUUAAAAAAAUUGGUAAUCAAUUUUGUGCCAGAUUAAUUUACAAAUAUGUUAUGUAAAAAAAAAAUGAAGAAGUGUUAACUUCACAUAUUAUAACCAUAAAGGCAUGACCCUGAGCUUUAAUCACAUAUAUAAAGCUUAGACUUGAGCUUUGAAACUAACAAUAGAAGAUUGCAUAGAACCAGACCUAACACUGCUCUAUUUUUCUUUGGGGUCAUCUGAAGCCAGCAGUCUAUGUAAUCAGCACAGAACAACUGCUGCAUAAAAUGAGAAAAUAAUUUCUUCAUGUAACAACAUCAGUUAUGAAUAAAAUUUUCACCGUUCUUGUAUAGAGCAUAUAGACAAAUGCCACAAAAUCAGCAGCUCUUAGUUUGAGCAUUAUGUGUGAUAUCAUAUUAUACCUCAUUUUAUUCAUAUUAAGUUAAUGUUGAUGUAGAUUAAAUUAAAGGAAUUGCUUCUUUGACAAGCCUAAAGAUAGAAUUUUAAAAAAUAGUGUUUUUGUAACAACCUCAGCAGCAACCUCAUUUCCCUUCUCAUCUGUUUCAACCCCUCAGCAUUUAGCUUCACCAGUAAACUAAUCACUGGCCUGAUCAUCUGUCAUCAUUUGCACCUGUUUUUUAUGCUUGAAUCAGUGAUAGGUCACUUAGUAAAAAGAAAAAAAAACCUUUGAAACUGGUCAGGCGCGGGGACUGAACUGAAAAUGAAAGCCAAAAAAUGCAAGCCUGUAGAACUAUUCCUCAUGACUACAUUAAAAAUACAAGAAAGUCUGGCUCUUUGGAAACAAAAUAUGAGGUAAUGUGGGGUGGAGCUAGACUCUUGCACAGUACUGAAUAUUGCAUAUUCUUAUUAUGCUGAUGGUGAACUGCUACGCUUGCAAUCAACAUGCUUAGGUCUGAAUAAAGUCAAACACAUAAUAUUUGUGUCAAAUGCAAAAUACGGGAAGAAAACCAUAUGCAAAUUAGGUUCUUGCAUGUUUUAAUUGUUCCCAGUUUCCAGCUCAAAAAUCAAAGAGACUCUCGCAAGAGUAAAUUGAACUUCAGAGAACCAAUUAUAAUGCAGACUAAAGGUCAAUUAACAUCAGACACUUUUUAAAUGCUAUUAUGCUUUCCACAUUAUGUGGGAUUUGAAUGAAGGUGGAAUCCUGUGCAAUAUCCAUAAUUCUUAAUAUUUACUUUACCCAGCCUUAAAUCCAUACAGUAUGUCUACUCUGGGGACAGAGUUCAGUGUGGCUAUAGUUUAUUAUACAAUCCAUAUGCUUGUUUCGGAAGCAAUUUCAAUUUAAUUGUAUGCAGUCUUGUUACAUACAUACAUACAUACAAAUUUUUUUUUUUUAUUAUCUUCAUGGAUGAGGCUUACUAUAUAGAUGCAGGUUUUUCUUCAUUGUCACCAGCUUCUCUUCUACAAUUUUUGCUUUGCUUCUUGUGUCUGUAUGAACUUUCUCUGGGUUCUCAGUGUUUCUUUAAAUCCUCAAAACCAUACAAGUACAGAGAUUAGUAAUAAAAUUGUGGGUGUAAAUGUGUCUGCAUGGUGCCUUGAGAUGGGUGUAUUACUUCCUCACAACCCGGGUGGAAGUAGUUUUAAAUUCUUGUAGGUACUUCUGUACAGUGUGUAGAAAAAAAAGAAAAAAAUAAGAAAAAAAACACAGAGGUGGUGAAUAGUAGUGUAAAUCUUGUAAGUUUCUCUUUAUUUCUAUGCUUAUUUCAAUUUGAAAUAGCCUCAGCUAAUUAAAUAUAUACACCAACUGUUCUAGGGUUGACAUAGCAAAAAAACAAAACAAAACAAAAAAAAACUAUGGGCGUAAAAUCCAGUAGACAUAAACAAAGUUGUAAGUUGAGUCAUGAACACGUGGAUUCAUGGAUCCUAUGCAAAUCCCACCAUUACAAAAUGGUUACUGAAUAUCAAUGAAAAUCUUGGUCUUCACUGUUGGCUCAAGCACAGGUACUGUAUAUUUUUGUUUGCAUCAUACGAUUUGGUUGUGGUUAAUCAAGUGUUUCUUACAUGAAGCUAUCGGAUAUCAUUGGUCGCCAUUUACACAGUCAUGCAUUCAUAGUAAAUGAUACCAUGUGAUGUCGAGAAGUUUCAAAUGGACACUUACUGAGAACUAAUACAGUAAGUGAAUCAUGAAUUACAUAAAUUUUUUAUUAAAGUUGCUCUUCAUUUAAAAUAAUGUUUAAUAUUAAAAACACGUCACGUAAUGUAAUGCACAGUAAUAAUACUAUUGCUUAAUCAUAUUGAAUUGUCGCUAAACGAUGCAGAAAAACUAGUUCAUGCUUUUAUCACCUCUAGGUUGGACUAUUGUAAUGCCUUACUGUCUGGUUGUUCAACUAGGUGCAUAAACAAGCUUCAGCUAGUCCAGAAUGCAGCAGCGAGAGUCCUCACUAGAACCAGAAGAUACGAGCACAUCAAACCUAUCUUAUCUUCACUUCAUUGGCUCCCUGUGAAAUUUCGCAUUAAUUUUAAAAUACUACUUUUGACAUUGCAGUCCAGGCUAAAAACCUAUUUAUUUAAUCAAGCAUUUUUAUAAAUAGAUUUGCCUUAGGUAUCUGGGGGACUCAUGGACGUAGAGUAUUAUGGUGAACUGGUUUGUUUAGAUGCUGUCUUCCUCACUCUCAUUGAUCACUUUUUUUUCACAGGUUUGCUGACGGUAAGGUGAUUGUUUGCUUUACAUCUCAGGGAGCCCUCAUGUCUCAUGGCUCUCCCUUUUAGUUAUGCUGUCAUAGUUAUUCCUGCCGGAGUCUCUGCUUGCACUCUACAGUUAAUAUACAUUUACAUUAUACGUUAUUUGACUGUGACCAGACCUAACUGUUCUCUCCUCUCCUGCUCUCUCUCCCGCUCUUUCUCUUCCCUCUGCCCCUCUCUAUCUCCUUCCCUCUCUCUGUCGAGCCUCACAUGUCGUUCCUGAGCUGCCAGUGAUCCAGACUCCCUCUGCCCUCCGGACCUGUCUGACCCAUCCUGGUGCCCCGCUUCUGGUUGGAGAUCUCAUCACAUGGAUGCCCCGUGUGUCUCUUUGGGAUGUGUCCGGUGUCUGGGGUGUCUGAUUCUCUAUCUGCCUUGACUGGUGUUGGCAGCUGUUUCUCUGAGGACUUGACUGUCCGAUAGUUUAGGACUGGAACUUUAUACAAGUCUACCUGAGUUUUCAAUAACUACCUGGACUCCAUAUUAACAUCAAUUAACAUCAACUGUUAUGUUGAUAUAAAAAUUCCAUACAAACUUAAAUAAUUCUUUUGAUUGUGUAAAGCUGC